AUGGCUACGGCGGUUGAUCAAAAGCUGCUCCGGCAGACAAAGUUCCCUCCCGAAUUCAGUCAGAAAGUUGAUAUGAAGAAGGUAAACGUUGAGGUUAUGAAAAAAUGGAUCGCAGGCAAGAUAUCCGAGAUUCUUGGAUCUGAGGAUGACGUUGUCAUCGAGCUCGUCUUCAACUUGCUGGAGGGCUCGAGAUUCCCUGACAUCAAAGCAUUACAAAUCUCGCUCACCGGCUUUCUUGACAAGGAUACUCCAAGAUUCUGUAAAGAACUGUGGAACUUAUGCUUAAGCGCGCAGAGCAAUCCUCAAGGCGUGCCGAAGGAGUUGCUAGAAGCCAAAAAGUUGGAACUGCUCCAAGAAAAGAUCGACGCCGAAAAGGCCGCAGCGAACGCGCAGCAGCUUAAGGACCAAGAGCAGACGAGAGAGAGAGAAGUGGAUACAGUUCGCCAAAGAGAAAGAGCAGAGCGUGGUCGCGGUCGCGGACGUGGCAGAGGUGGUCGAGACUUUGACUCACGAAGACCUAGAUACUCAAGAUCGCCUCCUCCGCGUCGACGCUCUCCUUUCGGAAAUGCACCUCCACGACGAGAAGCCGAUUCAUACGUACCUGGUGGGCGUGGCCGAGGAAGAGGGGGGCGCCGAGGACGUUCGCCAACCAGAUCCCUGACUCCAUCACAAUCCAGAUCACCACCUCCGCGUCGACGUCGAUCCUCUCCUUCAUCGUCGCGAUCCCCACCGUCUUCCCGAAGUCGCUCACCUCCUCGCCGGCGGGCUCGACUUGGGAGCAAGAGCAGGAGCAGGAGUAGUUCGGGAGGCCCGGCUUUCAAGAAGCCUAGAAGGGAUUCUCACUCACCUGGUGAAAGACGUGCACGAUCUAUCACUCAUUCUGAUCUAUCACACUCACCGUCACCUAGAAGAAAAGCUUCAAGCCGAUCGAGAUCAACGAUGAGUCGAAGUCCGAGGCCCCGGCGCCGCAGCCGCCAUUCAGGCCGUUCCUAUGCUUCAUCGCCUUCAAGAUCACGGUCUAGGUCGCUCAAUGGAAGGCGAAAAAACGGUGGAGCUGGAAGACGUUAUAGGAGAUCACCCUCAUAUUCUUCCGACGAUCGAGGAAGCAACAGGCGCGCUGAUGUUCUUAAAGGUCGAAAUGCACACGAUAUUCGUCGUCUCAGCCGAAGUCCGAGCCCGACGCCAUACAGGCGUAGACGCAGCGCGAGCCGCAGUGCAAGUCCCGGUGCAGGAAGACAUCCCAAGCGGCGAAGCUCGUUACGUCGGUAUGAGCCUGCAGCUCGAAGACGACGGAAUACAUCCUCCGGUGGCUCAUCACCCGAACAAAAGCGACGCAAGCGCGAUGAGUCGGAAGGGGUGAAUGAUACCGAUUAA